GUGUGUUACUUUACAGACAUAAAAAUAAGAUUGAGGUCCCUGCACAAAGGAGUUUUCAAUCUAAUUGCAACAUAAUACAGUGAGUGAAAACAUCAAACAUGUAGGUGAAAAGACAAAAUAAGGGGAGAGUUUAAAACUCUUGAUGAAUGUUUUGUUUGAUUCAGUGAAGGUUACAGGCACUUGAGUGGUAAUGUUUUUUUGGGGGAAUAAUGGGAUGGAGAGGCUGUUUACUUUGCCAAUGCGUGAUGGGUGUAUGGCAGUGCCUGUGUCUCUCUGAGUGGCAGAAUGCUAACUGAAAGUGGUGAGGGUUGAAGAGGGAAUUGAAGGAGAUUGAGGUCACUAGAGGCACAGGAGGAAGGAACAAGAAUUCAGCCAGUUUUAUUUUAUAUAAUGCCAGCUAUAAGUGUAUUUUGUCAAUUUCAGACUGAGCUGGACAUAUGUUUGGAAAUGAAGAGGAUCUGGUGUUACAAAUUCCAAGUAAAUUAGCUUAAUUGUGGUUUCCUUUAGGAGGCUGAAGGGAUUACUUUAUCUUUAGCCAGUGCUUAGUAAAUUUCUAUAGCAUAUGCUGGUGAUUAUGCACUUUCGUGUGUAUGUGAAGGAUGCUAUUCAAAUAGGACAUCAUUACACACCAUGUGGCAACCUCCCACACCAUUCGAUAAUAUCAUAAAUGCAUUAAAAUCCCUCCUUCUGGAAAAUUAUUAUUUAUAAUUUGUAUUAUUGUAGCACCCAUGAGCCCUAGUCAUGGACCAGGACCCCACUGUGUUAGGCGCUGUACAAACACAGAACAAAAAGACAAUUCCUGCCCCAAAUAGUUUACUGUCUAUGCCAGUAAUAGAACCUAACCCAUUUAAGUAGUUGUAGUGUAUGAAUCAUUCAAUUAAUAUGCAAAUAUACAUUUCCAGGUUAAACACAAAACUCAAUGGAUAGUAAAAGCUACUGUAACUUCAUGGACAAGUUGUCCAUCUACGACUCACAACAUGUACAACUGACUAGGCCUUUCGGUGGGGACCCUUUUGUCACGUUUCAUGUGUACCCUGAGACACCUACCCAGUUCACUUGCUCUGAGGAUUUGCCACUACUUCCUUUUACAUCUGAGGAGUUGAUCACAGAGAACUUCUAUACUGAUCCUUGCAACUUUCCUUACCAAGUGGCCCAGGCGAAUUAUGGCAGAGGUGACUAUUCUUAUGGACCAGCUUUCAUCAGAAAGAGGAAUGAAAGGGAAAGGCAGAGGGUUAAGUGUGUCAACGAAGGAUACGCCAAACUCCGACGUCACCUGCCUGAGGAAUACUUAGAGAAACGGCUCAGCAAAGUAGAAACACUUCGAGCUGCAAUAAAAUACAUUCGCCAUCUACAAUCUGUUCUGUACAGUGAUUCUGCAGUGACAGAGAAGAAUAACCUGGAACUGGGCCAUACUUCCAAGGCAAUUGCCAGAGAGAUCCAGUUUUGAGGACUAUCUGAACUGCUCCAGGGAAGAAAAAUAAUCACAGCUGAGGCUAACAACAAUCACAUUAUUGGUGACACAAAUAUUUCUGUGAAACUGACACAUUUUAUGAACUGUACAAGGCACACAUCUCUACCAGUCUACUGGGGAAAGAGUUUAAAUUAACCUACAGGGGAUUACACUGAGAUGAGAAAUACUAAUCUACAGGAAAAUUAAAUGUAAACUCUUUUAGUUAAUUCAUGGAAAUUAGAAAAAAAUCCUUUAACUUUGUUAGUUGGAAAUCGAAAGUAUGACUAUAUAUCAUUUUUCAGAAAGGAGCAAAUGUAUACACCAU